CUUUUUAUAUCAGACUUCGUCUCCUUCUUUUCUCCCUGUCUCUAACCCAUAUCUUGACCUGUCCUGAAAUCCCUAAAGUAUCAUCUCUUUCUUUUGGUGGAUUGAUCUGAAUCAUAAUCAUGGAUGAAGAGUACGAUGUGAUAGUGUUGGGAACUGGUCUCAAAGAAUGUAUCCUCAGUGGUCUUCUUUCUGUUGAUGGUCUCAAGGUUCUGCACAUGGAUAGAAAUGACUAUUAUGGUGGAGAGUCUGCUUCACUUAACCUUAUUCAGCUUUGGAAGAGGUUCAGGGGAAAUGAUAAGCCUCCAGCACAUUUGGGUUCAAGUAGGGAUUAUAAUGUGGACAUGAUUCCUAAGUUUAUGAUGGCCAAUGGCAAUCUUGUCCGUGUCCUCAUUCAUACAGAUGUUACCAAGUAUUUGUACUUUAAAGCAGUAGAUGGCAGCUUUGUCUACAACAAAGGAAAGGUUCACAAGGUGCCAGCAACUGACAUGGAGGCACUCAAAUCUCCUCUGAUGGGUAUUUUUGAGAAGCGCCGUGCUCGCAAGUUUUUCAUAUACGUCCAGGAUUAUAAUGAAAAUGAUCCCAAAACACAUGAGGGAAUGGACUUGACUAGGGUGACAACCAGAGAACUGAUUGCAAAAUAUGGUCUUGAUGACAACACGGUGGACUUCAUUGGUCAUGCAUUAGCACUUCAUAGAGAUGAUCGGUACCUAAAUGAACCGGCACUGGAUACUGUGAUGAGAAUGAAGCUUUAUGCGGAAUCUCUUGCUCGUUUCCAAGGAGGAUCACCAUAUAUUUAUCCUCUGUAUGGAUUAGGAGAGCUCCCUCAGGCAUUUGCACGGCUUAGUGCUGUUUAUGGCGGCACAUAUAUGUUGAAUAAACCGGAGUGCAAGGUAGAGUUCAAUGAGGAAGGGAAAGUUAGUGGUGUCACAUCAGAAGGGGAAACUGCUAAGUGCAAAAAAGUUGUUUGUGAUCCUUCCUACUUGCCAAAUAAGGUUAGGAAGGUUGGUAGGGUUGCCAGGGCAAUUGCCAUCAUGAGCCACCCAAUUCCAAACACCAAUGAUUCUCAUUCAGUUCAGGUUAUCUUGCCACAAAAGCAGUUGGGUCGCAGAUCAGACAUGUACCUCUUUUGUUGUUCAUAUUCUCACAAUGUUGCUCCAAAGGGAAAAUUUAUUGCAUUUGUUUCAUCGGAGGCAGAAACUGAUCACCCUGAGAUUGAAUUGAAGCCAGGAAUUGACCUUCUAGGUCCCAUUGAUGAGAUAUUCUUUGAUAUUUAUGACAUAUAUGAACCAGUCAAUGAACCUUCUUUGGACAAUUGUUUUAUAUCAACUAGUUACGAUGCUACAACACACUUUGAGUCCACUGUCACGGAUGUUCUAAACAUGUACACUCUGAUCACCGGAAAGGUUCUUGACCUGAGUGUGGAUUUGAGUGCUGCCAGUGCUGCAGAAGAAUGAGGAAGCUGCAUUGUUUGAAGCUCCUUGGUCUGAGUUGCCAUUGUUGAGGUGGAAAUGGGACUUUGUAUUGGUUUACUACAUAUGUUAAUCAUAUCAUGUUGUAAUAAACUAAUGUUUACAUGCACUUUGUUUCAUUAUUGAAGAUCUGAAAUUUUAAAUAUGCAUGGGUUGAUGAUAUGGGGAGAGGUUAUAAUUUAUAUGUUGCCCAAAGUGUUAGUUAUAGAGAACUUGAACCUUUCUACAUUAAUGAAGCAUGGGGUGUGUUAUUAUUA